AUGACCCACUCAUCAAUCAACCGUUACAUGAGGGUACAUGAUGAUGGAAGACAGUUCCCCAUUUAUUUCGGCCAUCACUCUCCAGUUUAUCACGGAAGUUCAUAUGAUGACCACUAUAAGAGUUCCUGCCGUUCAAAUCAUGGUGACCUUUACAAAGCUCCCAUUGCCCGGAGAAACAAGAAAAAAAUCUCUUUUUCCAUACAUUCUUCAGUCAGCAAUGAUCAUGGAACUGGACAUGUCCAUGGUGGUCACAGGUACCAGCAUAACAGCUCUGGCAGACAUAGUGGUUGGAAUAACAAUGGCCUACUGAGCAUCAAUGAGAAGGAAACCAUGAAAGUUCUCAAUGAGCGGCUGGCAUCCUACCUGGAGAAGGUUCACUCAUUGGAGCAAGAGAAUGGUGCGUUGGAAACAAAGAUUUGUGAAUGGUAUUCAAACAAUGCCCCCAGCUCACUACCUGACUUUAGCCAGUACAUGAUGAUCAUCCAAGAGCUCCAGAGUAAGGUAUGUCUACAUGAAUCUAGUAUAUUAUUAGACCAACUUUCAGCACUGUAAAUGUUGUGGACUAUAUCUCAAAUUGGACCCUUACAGACCUUAUCAUGGGAGAUGUAAUUCACCACAUCUUGAAGUUUGCCUACCCUUUGUCAAUUCAAAAUACUGUUACUCCAAUAAAAAAGGUAUUACAAGAUGUAAAUGUAUUCUGUUAUUCUACAUUUAGAACAUUAGUACGUCUAUAUGUUAGGGAGAUUUUUGACAUGCAUGGCUUCCUGGCUCCUGGUGUUUGGCAAGUGUUGCUUUGAAUUUGCUUUACAUAUUAAGGGCUUUGUGGUGGGAUAUUCUAAAUUAUUUGUGGAAAUCUAGUGGAUACAAAAAAUGUGCAAGAGAAAGAAUAAUGUUAAAAAUGGCCUCUUAUAUAAAAAUAGUGACCAGAAACUGACGUGCUGGUGUAGCGUUACUUACCCUCUCCGGGGGCCAGCCGAGGUCCUCUGUUCCCGCCGCUCGCGGCCGCAUGUGGCUCGUCCGACGGAGUUUACAGGAAGACGGGCACUGACUGCGAGACAUGGUCACGUGCCCCGCCUGGCUCUAAGAGCAUGCCGCGCGUCUCGGGCGUGCUCUUAAAGGGACAGUGGGUGCCAAAAUGUGAAACAGUCUCCCAUUGGCCCAUGUCAUUCCACAUUCCUCAUACACUCGCAUUUUGGGGGCGGGGAUAUGACAGGGGCCAAUCAAAUUGAACACUAGGGUAUUUAUACUCACCUUUUCCUUAGCUCCCUUCCCUAUCGUGGUUUCUAAUUCAGUUCCCUUUAGUGCUUUUAUCGUUCAGUAGUGGUUUUCUCUUUAUCCCUGGUUUGUCUUGUUUGCCGGCUUCCUGACUCCUGUGUACCAGACCUUGGCUAGUUCUUGUUUUCGCUGUCUCUCUGUUCCCUUGACCUCGGCUCAUUCCUGACUCUGUCACUUCUCUGUACUACGUCGAGUCUGGCCAUUCUAAGGCCCGGUAAGACAUAUCUGCUUUAUCUUGUCUCUUGUUGGACUAAAUCUUGCGUGUUGGGGUACACUACCGUGACAGUUAGGAGUUCGUGGUGGCUAGACAAUUGGCAAAAGUCUACAUCAAUAAAUAAGUUCAUACAUAAUCAACAUAAUUAAAUUUAAUAUGUUUCCUCUAAAGUGACAUGUUUCUGAUUUGUAAUAAUUAUUAGCUUGCUAUAUAUUUUAUUUACAGAUAACACAACUUACUACUGAAAAUGCAAGUAUUUUUCUGCAUGCAGACAAUGCAAUGUUAGCAGCCGAAGACUUGAGAAUUAAGUACGUAUAUUUUUUAAAAUAUAUUUUAUUAAUUAGACUUGAUAGAUAUGUAGUGAAAAAUAAUUCAAAAAAUACUAUUACAAGGCACUGUAAAAUAGCAAUUUUAAAACAAUAUACAUUCAGUCGUGUUAUACACUUUUUUCAAUAUGUGAAAUGGUUUUGUUUUAUUUGUUUCUAUUCAGAACUUUGUAAAAAUUACAAAGGUUACUGUAGAUUAUAAAAAGUAGGCAUAAAUCCUUUGUUCUCUAUAUCACAGCAUAUGAUAACAAAAUGACCAUUCCUAGGUCAGAAGCUCAACAUUGAUAAGUGAGUGCAAUAAACAGUAUGAACAAUAGGGAAUACUGCAUUUGGAGGGGGGAGGAGGAGGAAAUAACAUUAAAAAAAACCAAUUGUUUAAAAAAUAUAUACUCCUAAUGAAAGCAUGCAUGUUUAUAAUUAUUGUUUAACAAAUAUACUCCCAAUGAAAGCAUGCAGGUAUAUAAUUAUGACUUUUUUACAGGAGAAUAACUAAAUAUAGCUUCUGUCUGAAGUCUCUGCAAGCCAGACUCCCUAAUGCAGCACAAUGAGAAGUCUUUGCAAUGCAAGUAUUCAGAGCAAUUUCCUGUCUCUUGAGUUUAGCUCCACUUAGCUAACCAAACCAGGAAGUAACAGGACUGAUUGUCUGAUUGGCAGUCUGGCGGUGUAACAAAGUAAAUUUAUAAAAAAUGUCAAUUUUAAUGAAAUCUGCAUUUAUAUAAAAUGGAAAUUAAAGAGGAUAUACUUUUCAUACAUAACGCGUUUAUGUAUACCAUAAUGAAAAGGAAAACCUUCAAACUACAUUAUAUUUAAUAGAGUGCCUUGUUGUUUUGUUUCUGCUUGAUUUAUAUUUUAUAAUCUAAACUAGGUAUGAAAUAGAGGCUUUCUUGAGGAACAAUACAGAGGAGGAUGUUUGUGUACUUCGGCAAGGCCUUGGGGAUCUUAAAAGGGAGUUGCAAAACUUGAAUGUUCACGUUAAUUGCCUACAGGAAGAGCUUCUCCAGUUAAAGCAGAGCCAUGAAGAGGUAAGGAAAAUCUUCAAUGACUUUUGUAUUGUAGGACCAGAGUCAUUUUGGCAUUCUUGCUGUGCGUGAAUUUUUAUUUUAUUUAUUUAGAGUUUACAGAGACACUUGAAUUUUUGAAAGGGCAGGUGCGGCUUUCAUUUGAUUCCUUGUUCAUAUGCAUAAAUCAUAUCACUUUGAAUUAAUACAAUUAAAGGAACACUGAGCCUUACAUGUAUUCCUAACGCUACAGUGCUUUAUUUGCAGAUUUGCUUAAGGUCUGCCUCCCCAACUUGGAGUAAAAAAACUUAAAAAAAAAAGGUUUUAUGCACCUUUACUCCAGCAUCAAGGAAACCUCCUCAGCACUUCGCAUCCCGCUGUGUCACCUUGAGGAGCACUGGAAACUGACGUGCAUGUGCUUGGAGGGCCACACGCACAUCCAAAUGCUUUUUAUAGGAAAGCAAUCAAUUCAAUGCUUUUCAAUGAGCGUCCACAUCACAUGGCCGAGUUUUACUCAGUCAGUGCAGCGUAAGUGCCUCUAGUAACUGUCAAGAAGACUGCCACUAGAGGUGCAUUUAACAUUGCAAUGUAAUCAUUCUAAAAAACUUAUUUGGUCAUGCCGAGUCAUGUCUCCCUUUUGGGCCUGACUAUAUUUAUUCUCCUUCUCCAACCCAAAGUUCAUCAACUGGACAUAUUCACAGACAUAGUUCACAGGGAUCAAAAACAUCUGAUCAUGCAUAUACUUUUGGUUUCUAAGGUGUGUAAAGCAUGGACUUGGAAGUCCCAGUUAGACCCGUAUUAGCAUAUAUUUUUUGAGUCAGUUGACCAACACCUAUCUGUAUGAGGGUAUACACCAUAGGAUAUAGUGUACAUCAGACAGAUUUGAGAAAUUGUGGACCUCUUGGGAUAUUUUUGCAUCCUCAUAGUUAAAGUUCUAGGCUUUAACUGCACUGCAUCCCCCUAUUCUCCUUUUAGUUUGUGAAGGCUACAAUUAUACUCCUCUUUAUUGUUGUCAUCUGAGGUGCAAUUGUUUAACCUUUUUCUCUUCUAAUGACUUCCUUAUUUUGGACCCAUGGAGGAGGUGAAUGUGCUGCGUGCUCAACUGGGAAACCGAGUCAAUGUGGAAAUGGAUUCUUCACCAUCUGUAGAUCUGAACAAAGUGUUGUCUCAGAUCAGAGAAGAAUAUGAAAACUUGAUGGAGAGGAACCUUAAAGAGAUCGAAACCAUAUUCCAUCAGAGGGUAAUCCAGUUUAUUGACCAUUGUUUAUAUCUAAUUAUCUAUGUUAAUAGAACAUACAUAUAUGUGUAGAUAUAGACAUACACAUUUAAUAGAUAAUACAAAAGAAAACAAGUGAACUUGCCACCUGCAAAUGAGUGGCAUAACUGCAAGCUCUUUACACAUAAACUAAACCCCAUAUUAAAUAGUUGAAUUCUUGGGUUUUUUCUUCUUGCAGACUUCAGAGCUGGACCGUGAUGUGAAUUCCAGGGUGGAACAGAUGCAGUCAGUUAAUAACGAGUGCAUUGAUCUGAAGCUUUUAGGACAGAAACUUGAAAUCGAGCUUGAGAAUCAAAUUAAAACGGUAUGUCACAAUGACAUGAUAUGAGCUCCCCAGUCAUUCCCUCUACCAUAACAUUUUGGCAAGAAAUGAGUGGAAAUAUGCCAUGUGAUGCACAAUCCCCUGUUUUGACUAAUUUCCCUGAUGAUGAUAUGUGAAUCAUAAGGUAUGAUCUAAAAUAGAAUGGACAAAGAGAUGCCAAUUCAUUCUUUUUUAAAGAACAUAAUGUGGUCAAUGGAGGCUGGUGGAAUUUAAAGAUGAUGUGGUGCUCUUCCCGGCUCUCUCCAGUUGAUGCUAUGUACUCAACCUCUGGCCCUAUGUCACAUCAUGCAUUGCUCAACACCAUUAACCUUUAAUUAAAUGAGUAUAGGAAACUAUAGCAUGUGGGAAACAAUAGCCACUUUAAAUGGACAGAACGACAUGCAGGCCGUCUUUUUUGGUGACUAGGAUCUGAUGACCCUAUGCAAAGCCUAUGUGAAGGGUUUAUGCGUGUGUGUUUUUAAAAAAAAGUCUCAACCUCUUAACACUUUAUUGUUGUGUUCAUUGCAGACAUCCGCUAUGAAAGGGUCUCUAGCAGAGAUAGAUGCAUCAUUUGGUUCUCAGUUAUCUCAACUACAGUUGCUUAUUAAUAAUGUUCAAGACCAGUUAUCGCAGAUUCUAGCUGAAUUUAAAUAUUUGAACUUCAAGUACCAGCUCCUCAUGGACCAGAAGACUCACCUCGAGAAGGAGAUCACUAAAUAUAAACAACUAAUAGACACACAAGCUACUAAGUAUGUAAACAAAUUCUUCUUUUACUUUUUUAAAGCAUAGUUAAUUUGCUAAUAUCUUGAGUUAUUUAAAAUACUAAUAUUUAACUGUUUGUUUUUUAAAAGUUUUUUUUAUUUUUAUUUUGACUUGGAUUUAAACCAAGCAGAUAAUGGAUAUGUAUGUAAACAGGUUGUUGGUCCAAGGAGAAAUCCAUUAUGGAGUCAAGAAGGAAUUUUAACCAUUUUUUGUGACAAUUGAAAAUGGCUACAAUUGGGUGUUUGUCUUUUUCUUAGGAUUAACCAUAUAAAAGAAUGUAUUUUAAAAUUGAGCUUGAUAGACUUUAGCCUAUUUCUAACUUAGACAACUAUGUUACUAUGUUAUCAAAUGACUUCCACAAAGCCACAGAAAAAGUAUUGUAGUUAAAGGGAUAAUAUAGUUACCCAGACCACUUCAGCUCAAUGAAGUGGUCUGGGUGCCAGGUCCCUCAGGUUUUAACCCUUCAGAUGUAAACAAAGCAGUUUCAGAGAAACUGCUAUGUUUACAUUAGGGGUUAAGCCAACCUCUUGUGGCUGUCUCCCUGACAGCUGCUAGAGGCGCAUCUGAGACUCUGGAUGCGAAGUUCGCAUCCAUCGCGCAGAGCGUCCAUAGGAAAGCAUUGAGAAAUGCUUUCCUAUGGACUGUUUGAAUGCGCGCACGGCACUUGCAGCGUAUGCGCAUUCCGCUCCACUGGGGAGCUGACGUCGGCAGGGGAGGAGGGGUCACGAGCGCUGAGGGAGCCCGGCGCUGGAAUAAGAAAGCUGAUGAAGGGGUUUAAGGGUGGGGGCAACCUCAGGACACUAUAGUGUCAGGAAAACCGCUUUGUUUUCCUGACACUAUAGUGAUCCUUUAAAUAUAUAAAGGUAUCAUAACCAAAGGUUCUAUUGAAUAAGUACAGUACUUCCAAAUAAAGGGCCAAUUUCAAAAGGGUGAAUAUGUUUAUACAAGUACUGUACUAUAAAAAGUAAGGCAGACACAGCAUAGUGCAAGAUGUUAUAUGCGAACAUUUCAUUAAUCAGAAAUAGAUCACAGAAAUAUGCACCAUAUUUCUAAUGCAAAGACAGGCUUUGGGACUCUAGCUGAUUUUGGCUAUGGUGUCUCGAAGGUUGCCCAGGGACAAAAGACUGGAUUGAUACCUGGAGGGACAUUACGCAAGAUCCCACCUGUCAAGCUAUGUUCUCCACUUGAGACAAACAUUAGAAAACACUGUUGUUAACCUCAACACAAUUCAGAGAGCUUCAUAGUUAAAUAUUUUGCUCAUUAUUGCAUUUUUCAAUUUAAAUAAAUAUUCGUGUUUUGUUUACAAAUAAUAUUUUUAAAUAAUUUUUAAGCUAGUCACUAAAAUUCCUCAUUAAAUCACUUAUGUAUUGCUGAAAUAUUCAAAAGAAAGUACUUCCAGUGUUAACAAAUUACUGCCAUACAUCACUAGCGGUGCCCAUAAUGGGCAGACACCCCCAAAAAAGGAUGGUCCCAUCCACGGUGGUUCCCUUGCAGGCCCCCAGCCUUCAGGACAAUGCAGAGAGUCUGCUGAAGCAGUCACCGCCUAUGCUCAGCCCACCCCUGGGUACACUGUAUUUCAGCAGAGUAGACACCUUCUGUUCAGGUAAGCAGGUGCCUACUCUGCCUUAGCAAACAACUGGCUGCCUCUUGGGGGUCCUAAGUUAGCCAGCUGGCCAGCUCAUGGGCCCUCUUUGGCAGGCAAAACACCGGGGGCUCGGUCACACUUGAUAACUCAGUGACCCCUGUAGUUCCACACUGGCUUCCACUACUUUACCUACCGGCAGCGCCGGCCCUGGAACCAGGUAACAGAAGCAGGACAACAACUGUAAAUAUGGACUGUUGGGAGGCAUGUACCACUCCCAUGAUACUUGUCUUGUCACUGGAAGGCUAAUUGUAAUGUGAGUUUCUUAGUUAAAGGAACACUACAGGGACAGAAACACAAACAUGUAUUUCUGAUCAUAUAGUGUUAAAAACACCAUUUGACCAUCCUCCCCCCAGAUUCCCCAUUGCUCCCCUAAAUAUAGUAAAAUCUUACUUUUAGUCUAGCCUGUUGUUACUGGCUCCGCCCAUGGUCUUGCUGCUUAGCUGACAACAUCAGAAGUGUUGAACUGAGCCAAUCACAAUGCUUACACAUAGGAAAGCAUUGGAGUGGCCAAGACUGUCAAGGAGGCAGAUCAGGGGCAGAGCCAGCACAAGCCAAACACAGCCCUGACAUGGAUUGAAUCAAUACAUAUCUAUAAGGAAAGUUCAGAGUAUCCAUGCAGAGGGUGGAGACACUGAACGUCAGGAACACUGUGCAGCACUGCCCCAUGAAUCACAUCUAGCAGCCAUCUGAGGAGUGACCAGUGAAGGUUAUCACUAGCUGUAAUGUAAACACUGCAUUUUCUCUGAAAAGACAGUGUUCACUGCAAAAAGCCUGAAAGAAAUGAUUAUACUCACCAGAACAAAUACAAAAGGCUGUAGUUGUUCUGAUGACUAUAUUGUCCCUUUAAGAAUAGCUGUAGCACUGUAGGAAUGUGUCUAUUCGUGUAUCAGGAGUUGUAAUGCUGAUCUAGUUAAAGCAUCACAGAAGACUCAUCUCUUCAAAUUUCUGUCUCAUUUUCAGAGUCUCAGCUGAUGACAUUUCAAAAGGUAAUUGAUAUCUUAAUUAUAAUGGUACCAAAUUAUAUAACCCAAAAGCUUACAUUAUAUUGCUUUUAAUCAUGUCCUAACUUUAGAUGCUUUUUUUACCCAACUUAAAGGAACACCUUUAGCACCAUAACCACUGCAGAUCAGUCUAGUGGUUAUAGUGCCAGGCAUGCCCUGGUGCCCCCCUUCCCCCAUUCUUGUAGCCAAAAUGUUUUUGAAUGGUUUGUUGGGCACUGCCCCUGUUUCCACUACUAUGUUAUUAUUUUUGUCAAUGAUUACAUUUUGUUAAGCAAUAAGCACUGCUAUUUAUGACCUUUCCAUGCAUUCAUCAAGUUAAACUGAAUCUCAUUCCGGACAGCCCAGGAUGAGGAAAUGUUAUAUAACUUACCCCAUACAGACUUAGCCCUCCCCCUCCCCCCCCUGCCCCUUUAAGAUCCAAAUAUAUAUUUUGGGGGAUAAUGGUCACUUUAUGAAAAGUUUGGUAAAUUAUAUACAUGUAUUGUCAUGCCAAUAUAUAAUACUAUAAUUUACACCUACAAACUGCUUAUAUUGCAGAAUAUAUCGUCACACUCGCAGAACCUUCUCUGUAGCUCAUACUUGGGAAAGGAAGGUUACAUUUACCAGACAGCAUCAGCAUUUGGCAUUGUAAUCAUAAUUUCAAACAUAAUGUGUAUUCCUUGCAGUCACUUUAUUUAUAUAAAUAUACUUUUAAUUGCAUAUUGAAUUUUUACAGGUCCAGAAUGUCUUUGUAUGUGCAAUUUUAUAUAUUAUAUAAAAUGACUGUUAUUCAUCACCUGCGUAUCUUAAGUUGGACUUUGAAGGGUCAUUUUUUUUUGGCACAGAAACUCAGGAAAGCAGGUUCCUACAACUGUCCCAGAGUUCCUAUCUUGACAUGCAAAUGAGCACAGACGUCAUACUGAAUUUCAAUGAUUCCCUUAGCAAUAGACAGUGUUUCAAACGCAACUUUUUUAAAAGCAAUGUCUGAGCUUUCAUCCAAAAAGAUCAGUGACCAUUUCCAAUUAGAGACAUGCAGGUGAUGCAUAACAGUAUUUUUUUGUACUUAUACUGUGAGAGUUGUAUCGUGUUUGGGCUCAUCAAAAAUCAUUUUGGUACUGAACUAUAUAUAUACUUUUUUUUAAUAUGUAUAUACGUACAAUUUACAUUUGUGUGAUUGCAUCCUUGGUUGUUUUUUUUAGGUUCUAGACACCCACACAACACAGAGAAACAUGGAGAGCGAGAGAAAGAUGUCAGUGUAUAAAACAAAUGUUUAAUAUAUCGGGAAAACACAAUGUUUAUUAUUUAAUGAUUUCUAAUAGAGUCACGGGGCUAUUUAUCAAAGGAAGAAUUCAAAGUAAAAUUAAAGUGAAUUUCAAAUUUAAGGUCAAAAUAGAUGAAAUUUAAAAAAAUCUCUCGGUCAGUUUGGCUAUUCCAGCCUCAACUUUAAAAUUCACUUUGCUUUUACUUUGAAUUCUCACUUUGGUAAGUAACCCUGUUAGUAUCAAAAGCUGCUUGGAUUUCUUUUCUAAAAAAACCCUAUCUUUUUCUAUUUCUUUAAUUUGUUUUUGUUUUUUUUCGUAAAUAGAAAUGGUAAUUUGUAAGUGAGAAUUUUAACAGAAAAUCGGUUUUCUGUGAGCAAGGAUAAAACAUGUUCAUCUCGCAUGUCAUAAAGCUUGUUUGAAAAAGUGCUAAAUAUAUAAAUACAUUUUAAAAAGCAUGCAUCAGAAAUGAUUGGUGCUGUGGCAUGCAGGCAACGAGUAUUAGCACAAGAGCCGCAAAUAACAGAUAGUAAAAAAAAGGCAUUUAACCUUAAAAUAACCUAUUCCUUUCAGCAUGUCAUAUAAGGCAAACUUAUAAAUAUGUUUAGAUAUUUUUGGAUGUGUGUGUCAUCACACAUAGUGAUUAUUAUUCGGGGAAACCUACAGAAUAAAGCAGAUUUAUUUUAUAUCAAUAUAAAUGUGUUAUAUAGUUCAAAUUUGGAAUUCCUUUUUCCAAAGUUAGUUGAAUUAAACUCAGACGACAUUAUGCACAGCUUCCAAAUGUCUCUAUUUAGGAGGGACAGUCCCUAAUUUGGAAACAAAUUCCUCUAUCCUUUUUUCCAUCUUAAUCCCUUAAGGACGGAGCCAAAUGUACACGUUGUGAACGAAACAAAAUGUAAACAAAACCUGGCAUUUGCGCUACAUGUCUGUCCAACUGUAAUUCACCUCUUUCAUAUUAAAUGCACCCACCCUUAUUAUGUAUCAUUUUAUUCAGGGGAAACAGGGCUUUCAUUUAAUAUCAAAUAUUUAGCUAUGAAACAUAAUUUAAUAUGAAACAAAUGGGAGAAAAGAUUUAUUUUUAUUUUUUUAGUUCCACAUGACAUUUUAACAGUCAAUGUCAUAAUACUGUUUGCUUUUACUGCAAUAAAAUACACAUAUUUGCAUUCAGCAAAGUCUCACGUGUAAAACAGUACCCCCUAUGUACAGGUCUUAUGGCGUUUUGGGAAGUUACAGGGUCAAAUAUAGCACGUUACAUUUGAAAUUGAAAUUCGCCAGAUUGGUUACGUUGAUUUUGGGACUUUAUAGUAGCCCAGGAAAGAAAUUUACACCCAUAAUGGCAUACCAUUUGCAAUAGUAGACAACCCAAGGUAUUGCAAAUGGGGUAUGUCCAGUCUUUUUAGUAGCCAUUUGGUCACAAACACUGGCCAAAGUUAGUGUUAGUAUUUGUUUGUGUGUGAAAAAUGCAAAAAUGCCAAUUUUGGCCAGUGUUUGUGACUAAGUGGCUACUAAAUAAGACUGGACAUACCCGGUUUGCAAUACCUUGGGUUGUCUACUAUUGCAAAUGGUAUGCCAUCAUUGGGGUAAUUUUCAUUCUUGGGCUACCAUAGGGUCUCAAAGGCAACGUAACCAAUCUGGCGAAUUCUAAUGUGAAAAAAAUUAAACAGAAGCCUUAUAUUUGACGCUGUAACUUUUGAAAACACCAUAAAACCUGUACAUGAGGAGUACUGUUGUACUCGGGAGACUUCGCUGAACACAAAUAUUUGUAGUUCAAAACAGUAAAAAGUAUUGCAGCAAUACUCCUUCAGCAACCAGGGAUUGGGAGCUGGGAUGGAGAGGGGACCUGCAGUGCCAGGAAAACGGUUUGUUUUCCUGGCACUGGAGUUUCCCUUUAAUGUCUCUCUUUUCUAGGAGUUCAAUAUAGUUUGUGUGUCUGAGUGUAUAACAGAGCUUCUAAUAGUCGCAGUAAUGUGUCUUUAAACUAUAAUAAAUGUGUUUAGUAAUCAGUCUGUGUAAAUAAGAUACAUUGCUCUUGUUCUAAAACACAUUUUAGUUGCAUAAAUUGUUUUCAGUAAGUCACCUACAUUUUCUCAGAACAGCCCCACCCCUGGCCACACUCACACUCACACUCAUAAAAUUAAAGUGUCCAUCUUUAUCCAUUUGAAAUGUUGGAGGUGUGCAAGCUUUAACUAGAAGCCUAACCUUGUUCAAUAAGUCCACAACGUUUAAUCAAUCGUUCGAAGAUUAAAGCCGUGACAAAAAGUAACAAGUGAGUAUGUAUUUGUCAGUGAUGGCUAAAUAUAAGCACAUAUAUAAACUACAUUUCUAUCAUGUGAAGAAAUCUGCUUACAUGAAAAAUCAACAUCACUGUCUUACAAUGGAUAUACUUUAGUAAUAGAGGACGAGACUCACAUGAUUAUUUACUACAGUUUAAAAAAGUCACAAUUCAAAGUAAAUUCUAAAUCAUUUUUUUAAAUCAUUAUUGUCUUUGAGAAUUCUUCCAGAGACUGUUACAACUCACUGUUUACCGCCCAGAAGUAACAUGCCUUAAAGCAGACUAUAUCACGCCUGAGGAUGAUAAGUCGGACAAAAUGCAAAAUCUAAGUUCACAGGUUGCUGGUGCACUUAGAAGAUGCGGUUUAAAUGUUGCAACUCGUGGUUUCAUUGUCCUGAUAUGUAAUAAUCAAGUUCACUUGCAUGUUUUUUUAAAUUUAUUUUUUUGCGGACAUUGCAAAUAUUAUUCUGUUGUUCUAAAUAUUGCUCUUUUGUGCUAAAAAGAUCUAAAAAUGUAUACUCUUCUAUUUUGGAAUAGGUAAGGAAUUCAACAGAAUUCCCUAAAGACUAGUACUUUGUAGCGAUGCAUCCUUAACCCCUUAAGGACACAUGACAUGUGUGACAUGUCAUGAUUCCCUUUUAUUCCAGAAGUUUGGUCCUUAAGGGGUUAAAGGGACACUAUAGUCACCAAUAAAUUUAAUAAAGCAGAUUUUGUGUAUAGAUCAUGUCUCUGAAGUUUCACUGCUCAAUUAUCUGCCUUUUAGGAGUUAAAUUACUUUGUUCAUGUUUAUGCAACCCAGGUAGCACCAGACUAACACAGCCUGCAUGAAAACAAAAUGGUUUAAUUUUCAAUCAGAUGUGACUUACUGUAAAAGUUUUUAUCUCCUGCUCUAAAAAUUGAACAUUAAUUACAUACAGGAGGCUCCUGCAGGGUCUAGCAAGCUAAUAACAGAGCAGGAGAUAAGACAUUCUAAAUUAAACAGAAUUUGCAAUAAAGGAAGUGUAGACAAUAUAUCAUUCUGAAUGGAUAAUGAUAGAUGGCUGUGCAAGUCACAUGCAUGGAGUUGUGCCUAUGGCAAAGAAUUGAGCAAUGAGACUGAAUUGGCAUAAUAUACACAGCCAAACUGCUUCAUUAAGCUGUUUGGUGCCUAUAGUGUUCCUAAAAUCCUUGUUGAUAACUAAGAUGGUAGUUUUAGACUGUGAAGUCACAAUUUUACUUCUGAUAUUCGAUCCAAGCAUUUUUUUCUGAAAAACUGUCAAAUACUUGUUUUACUUAAUAAAUAUAUUUGCUCCAAACUGAUGCUUCCUGUCAUUUACUGAUUAUGUAGUUUACAUUAUUAUAAUAUGAUAUUUCCCUGUUACAUAGCCCACAAUACCUCCCUGGUAUUCAGAUCCCUAGUUGCUAGGCAAUACUAUGUGUCUAGUUUAUUUCCUUAUAGGGUAAUACAUAUCAACUUAUGUAGUAGAUUUAAGGUGGUGUGCAAAAUAUUGAUUGGCAGGAGAGGUGUGGACCCAUCCAUGCUGCUAUCAGCAUUCUGGAUUCAAAAAGCUGCCACAGCCUCAGCUAACACUUCCAGAGACAUAAUUGUGGUACUAGAGACGUAGCAGUUCGUUUUGGGAUCAUGGCCCACUCCAGGGAAAUGGGGAGUGUAAACUUUGAAGGCAGUGUGGUGACACUAUAAGGAGACAUCCCCUUCGCUGUCCUCACAGAGAAACACAAAUUGGCUCCAGUCGCUAGAAUGUUGAGGGACCGAUCAGUCCGUCUCGCUGGGGCACAGAUGGAGCCUUAGUAGUCCCACAUGGAGACAAGACCUUCUCCUUAACAUCAGAUCAAGAUCCUAACACACUUGGGGAACCCACAACUGCCAAAUACUAACCCAGCAGCAGCAACUAGGAUGAAUACAGAUUCAGCAUGGGGGAAUCCAAAAGUUGGCACUUCAAUGAUCCUAUCCAAGUCACAAGCACUCACCAGAGUUAGGCAGUGACAGUAUAAUUCUUGCGCUAGGCUCCGUCCUUAAUAUCACUGUCCCUACUAUCAAUGUUCCUAACUAUUUUUUACAGUUCUAUAUUCCAGUCCAGCUGAGCACACCACAUUUGUGCUUUAUCAUAUCAGACGUAAUGCGCUAAAAUAGCUAAUACAGAUUAUGGUUAAAUAAUGUUCUGGUUGCUUUGCUUCCACUAAUACUUUUAUUGUCUGAUAUUUUAUUUUAUUUCUCAGUAAUUGAUAUAAAAAAAAAAAAGUACACUCGUGUACAAAACCAAUAAAAUACAAAUUAAAACAAAAACAAUUGCAUAUUGGGAGUUGUAGUCUACAACAGCUUUAGAUGGUUAUGUAAAGGAGGACGGUCAAUUCUGUGAUAAUUACUGAAGAAAAUAAAACACUUAAAACUACCUUAGGCUUUUUUUAAAAUUCUUUAUUUUAAAGGUGUUAUCAUAUAGCAAUACAACACAAAAUGCCACAUGCACCACACCUUUUCUGCGUAAUAAAAAUCGUAAAAAUACAACAUAAAAUAAUAUUAGAAAUUCGGCAUAGAUAAAGGUCAGAUAUUGAUGGGCGAUGAAGUAAUGAAUUAUACAUCUCUCGCAUCAGGGCUCCCACAUCUAUGCUACUCCUCACAGUAGUAAGCAACCUCAAACAUAUCAGGUAACUUUCCCGAUUGGGAGGGGAAUAAAUUAAGCAUAUAGCACUAGUAAUUACAUUUGCCUUCGCUUAUGUCUGAUUACAGGGGUUAUGUGUCAUUGGGUUCCCAGUGGCAUGUGAGCUAUGCCUGUGUAUGGAGCUCUGGGUUUUCUGGGUAUCCCUCCCGGUACAACCACAGCCCCCCAAGGCAUGGCCGUCCGCAGGUGGGGGCAAGAGGGGGCACUUGCCCCCCCCCCUGGAUUUUUCAGCUUGUGCUGCUAUUUUUGGUUUGUGUGAAAAUACACUGCAAUACCGGCGCCGGCCAGUAGGCUGUGAAUGUUAAAAAGCAGGAAGCUACAGCUUAUCCCUGCCUCUCGCUCAUGACUGAAACCGCAGGGGAGCAGCACAGAAGCAGCCUACAGAUCAGGUAAGUGAGGGAUGGGGGGGCAGCCUACAGAUCAGGUAAGGGAGGGAUGGGGGGGCAGCCUACAGAUCAGGUAAGGGAGGGAUGGGGGGCACUAUUACCCCCUCACCUCAGCAUCAUCCCCCUCACUAUUACCACCCUCAGCAUCACCCCCCUCACUAUACCCCCUCACAUCACCCCCCUCACCCCCCCUCAGCAUCACCCCCUCACUAUCACCCCCCUCAGCAUCACCCCCCUCACUAUCACCCCCCCUCCUCACUAUUACCCCUCACCACCCUCAGCAUCACCCCCUCACCAUCACACACCACCCUCACUAUCACCCCCCCUCAAUCACCCCCCCUCACUAUCACUCACCCCUCAGCAUUACCCUCCUCAGCAUCACCCCCCCCAUCACCCCCUCCCUCAGCAUCACCCCCCCUCAGCAUCACCACCCCUCACUAUCACCACCCUCAGCAUCCCCCCCUCACUCACCACCCUCAGCAUCCCCCCCUCACUAUCACCCCCCCUCACCACCCACAGCAUUACCCCCAUCACCCCCUCCCUCAGCAGCAUUACCCCCUCUGUCACCAUUACCCCCUGUUACGGUACCCUCAGCAAUAAAUGUACAAACCGCCGUUUAGUGAAUGCUCCCCUUUCGCAAUAGCAUAGGCUGCAUGCGUAUCUAGUACAAUCAUGCGAACCGCAAGCAAGGGAACACUGCAAACUUACGAACGGGAUCCGUACGGGCACUUCACUCCACGAGCUCCAAACUCUCGAAUCGCCAAAGGUAGCCGAACGCAUAUAUCUCCCAAGCGGCUAAUAAUUCCAUCCAGCAGUCUCUAGUCGUCGGUAAUAAAUCCCCCCAAUAACGAGACCAAGCUCCGCAUUGAGGGUAAAACAUGAACUGGCUUUACUGUGGGCUACCUGCCCGUAUUUAUGCAGGUCUCCCACUUGGUGGACACUCCCCUAGGGGACCAAAUGGGAGACUGUAACAAUAGACAGACAUAUGGCAGGUUAGGACCCACAGACACAGAAUACUCCCAGCAUGCAUUAGUAUUUCCUCCCCUCUGCCCUGGAGAUAAUUGAAAAGUAAUUUAAUUAUCUCCAGGACAGAGGCAAAUCACCAUCUUAAAUGCAACAUAGCAAAACAUAUAAAAAUACAUAACUUUACAAUUGUCGAAUGUUACCCAUUCGUAUCACAUAUCCCCAGAUAGCCUGGAUCUGAGUGCAUAUUAUUGGCGAAUAGCGCUCAGAUCACAUACACAUAGUUCAAUCGCCAUGGAGUCAAAGUCUAUUACAGUCUUUCGGUAUGCGAUUGACUCCAUGGGAAGGCUAUCUGGGGUAAGUCCAUUCGUGCCUUUAAACCUCCCAAACGGCCGGUGUUCAUACACUUCUGUCGAUUGAGAAGGGAGGUCGGCGGCUUCAGCGGUGUUCGGCUGAAAAAGUGUACGUUUUCAGUUCCAUGAAAUCAAUGCCGAACACCGCUGGUCUUUCGCAUGGUUUAAAAUGGCCACCGCCUCGUGGUCGACAUACGAACGACAACCACCCUGUAUUCGGUUUAAUUGAGAAGUGUCUGCGGUUAACCGCAACGUUCUAAUUGGGAUCAAGAGGUUAACCAGCAGCACACUUCUCUUCUGGGUGGCUGUCAGUUCAGUAGUUUUGUUCGGCGGAAAAGUCAAUUCACGGAAUAGGGGCAUACGAACGGUAAUUUCACGAAAAUGCAAAACAGACGAAUCCAGCAAUCUCAGUCUAUACAGAUGGAUCUGUCACACCCUCUCCCUCACCAUCACUCCCCCCUCAGCAUCACCCCCUCUCACCAUCACCCGCCUCACCCUCUCACCCUCUCACCAUCAACCGCCUCUUUAAGCAGCUACCCCAUACACAUAGGGUACCAGACAAAAACGCAAACAUGCUCAGAGACAUACAUUCACACACACACACACACACACACACACACAAACACACACAUGGAUACUCUCUGUCAGACACACUCUCAGGCACAUACACAGGUAAACUGUGCAUCAAUGUGUAUAUGUGACAGUGUGCAUAUAUUGCAACUCUAUUUUUUUCACUUUUUUCUUAGUAGGGCCUCAUGUAUGAGUUUCGCCUAAGGCCUCAUAAAGUCUAGAGCCGCCUCUGCAGAAGGAGCCUGAGAAGAAAAACAAAACUGUGUCAAAUGAAGGAGAAGAAAAUGAGAUUGGAGCACUUCAUUCUGGACACCACAUUAUAAGGCUUUGGUCCUGGGCCUGGCAGGGAAACUUUGGACCUUCUCAUCUCCCCAGGGAAAAAAAAAUAUCAGUGUUAAUGUGUUCACUUUAAUUUACUGAGUGUCAGGAAACACAGAGCGCCGCUGGGUAGGGGUGCCGCUGAUUGGCUAGAGGGUCAGCUGGCACUCUAAGCCAAUCAGUAGCUCCCCAUUCAUGAAAACAUAAAACAUUUCUAUGAAUCAGGAACUAGCGAUUGGCUUAUAGCGUCAGCUGACCACUCUAGCCAAUCAGCGGCACCCAUGCAUGUCGUCAAUCUGCACUUCCUGACACUCCGUUUAAGAAGCUGAAUACCACCGAGUGACCUGGAGAUCUGGAGCUGGAGGAAGCUUUUGGGGGUAAACCAUUUGAGAGUGGUUUCACCCUUUAAAGGAAAGAGCGCCCAGGGGCCUCCUUGCAUCAUAGCAUUUUCAUUUAGUUGAAGUUGUUAUGGUGACCAGAAUGUUCCUUUAAUUUGAUUAAAGGAACACUAUAGUGUCAGGAAUGCAAACAUGUAUUCCUGACACCAUAGUUGUAAAAAAGCUAUUCACCCUGGCUUUAUGUGAAAAUGACUAUGCUCCUUCCCUUUCAUGACACUGUCAAAAAGGGGCCAAGCAUGGAUGUCAUUACAAUUAUGCCCCCCUCCCCAGGAAAAAUUCCUGCGUACGCCCAUGCCCCAAGGGCCUCUUCCUGAAAUAGUAUGGGGCUGUAAAUAAAGCUGCGUUGGGCUAAUCAUAAAUCAGGUACGUGUGUCCCUGUGGAGGUCACACAUUGGACUGGCAGGUAAUUGAACAAGAUAGAACAGAAAGGGUUAAACUAAAAGAUAGACCAAAUUAUAACCUAAAAACCCUGGCUGCCUAUGGCAAGUCAAAAUUUAAAUGUGCGCUAUAUAGAAACCCCAAGUUAAGUAACAUGGGUUGCACUCUGCAGGGUGAGACAGUCUAAGGAGGGUCUUGGGCACUGCCCUGGGAUGAUCUUCGCAGUCCUGGGGCUGGAACAGUUGGAUCCGCUGCCGGUCCCUGUGGUUGCAGCGUCGCAGGAGGUAGUUUCAGUGCAUUGAAAAGCUUUGCUAGGUCUUGCCCUGCAGACACAACCAGCACUAAAUUGCCGUGGGGCACCACGUUACAGAUGCUCCCCAUUGGUACCUGAUGCCAUGUUUUCUCAGGAUCCUGGUAAUCAACAGAAAUCUUCGCCAUUCCACUAACACUGCAAAUGGAAAGUAAUCAAAGAUUUUAAUCUGGCUGUUCUCUACAGUACCAGUGGGGUGGUUUCUGGAACAUGUCAGUAGUGAUGUUUUCAUCGAUAUGUCCCGUGUGACCACUAUGGUGUCUCGUGGUGCAUCAGCAGGAGCAGUGGGGGCUUUCUGGACUCUGAUUUCUGAUACCAUUGGCAUCGCUCCACUGUCUACCACACCCAGUGCCUCAGCCACCUAAUUAGCAAAGUCCAUCAGAGCCUCUGGGUUCACAGAUUCCAGCACUCCACGGAGCCUUAUGUUCCUCCUGUGGAUGCAACUGUUCUGGUAAGUUGCUGGACAUGAUAUCCUUUUGAUUUUGUGUCUCGGCCAGCCGGCCUUCUCGCUUCCCCUCUCUGGAUUCCACUUCCCCUAUUCGGUAAAUCAGGAUGCUGAUUUCAAACUGUACCCCAGCAAGGUCUGCCUUUCAUAUAGCAUGAAGGUCCAGAAGCAGUUUUUUGAUGUCCCCUUUAGUAGAUGGGGACAUGUCAGCAUCCAAGUCUGUUCUCUGGUGCACACUGCUGGGUGCCUGUGAGGCCACUGAUCCGUCUUCUCCUUCUGAGUCAUCGAAUGUGCUUGAACCUCGUGGUCUACCUGCGGCUAUCUUGGACUGGGCCUGAGGUUGCGGUCUGUUAAAGGACCUGCGGAUAUCUGGCUGGUAGGAGCCCUCAAAGUGGGCUAGUUUUCUAUGUUUGGGGGUUUAAAAUGCAAUAUGUCUUUAUUUUGCACUGUUUUCAUGGCGUUAUGGCUAGUUUGCAGUCUGUGGAGCUGGAGCUCUUCACAGACACGUCUGGUCGGUUGCUCAGCUGGCCACGCCCCCCCUUCCUUAAGCUUGUUUUAACACUUUUUAAUGUGAUUAUCAAUAUUUUUAUUUAUUUCAAAGGAACACCUCCCAUCCCUAUAACAAGUCCAGCUCAUUGAAAGAGUCCAUAUAAUAUCACUCAAUGGGCAGUCAUGCAACAACAAAAUAUACUCACUCAUUAUCCAAACUGUUUUCAAAGAUGGCAGAGAAUGAUACUGACAAUAGACUAAAACUAAACUAAAUCAAGUCAACACAGGGCUGCAACCACAGUGAAAUGUAAGAGUAACAGAAAGGAGCAGUCACUUGCUAUAGCUGGAUCAAUGUUCUAGAACACAGUAGCCAAUGAGAAUCAGACCUCAUAAUAAAUAAACAUAGGGAACAAAUAGGUAGCGCGGUAGAUAUUGCAAUAGACAUUUAUAAUACAAAUUGAAUUGAAGGCAAAGUAAAAAUCUUGCCACAUCAAACCACAAUAUUCAGAUAGAUAUAGUCAUUUGGAUGAUAGCCUUACAUAUGUUAUGGGUACUCAACAUUCGAUCACAGGUCCAUAUAAUUACUCUUUCUAAGCAUGUAUAAAUGCAAAUAAGUAAUAAAAGAAUUACAGCAAAAUGUAUUCUUGUGUGUUAGAAACUCUACAUACCAAAUACAUCAUAAUAUAUUAAAUGCAUAAUACAUAAUAAAAUAUUAAAUGCACAUUGUAUAAUAACAAAGUCAUUAGUUCUGAGCUUUUUGGUUGUAGAUCUCAAAGCCAGUUGCAGGAAUACAGUAAACCCUUGCAAAACAAUUAAUUCCGGGGAGGACUGGAGGUGGGGACAUGCUCCUACAAUGUUUGUGUUAUCACAUAUGCUAACUAGAAAAGCUACAAUUUCUGGGGAAAUUGUGUGAAGUGUUCUUGCCUCCACCAGUAGUCUACAACUGGAGUGGGCAGAGUAACUGUUAUUAUUUAUUUAUAUAGCAAAUUUAAUUGCAAUGUUGUUGCCCAAAGUGCUUCACAGUUACAUAAAACCAUACAUUUAUAAAAACAUUAGCAGGUGUACAAAAGGCCCUGUCUAUGACAUCACUUGCUGCUCCAGCCUGGCACAGGUCAGAGUAUUUUGGCGGUUGCCAUCUUCAAAUGGUCGUAUUUUAAAAACUAUAAAUCCUACAGCGAAGAGCUUUAUAUUGUGAGAAUCACAAGACCCAGACCUACAUAGUGUGAUGAUGCAUAGUAUGUCUCUGAAAUAUAAAAAAUGAAAGCACAGUCACAGUUUAGAAAUUGACCUUCAAAUUUGAGUUGGCUAGAGUGGAGUUUCAACGAAUGUCAAUGGACGGCGUGAGUUGCAAACAAAUGGUCAUAUUGUGAAAACUAUCAGGACUAUUGCUUAUCCGUGGACAUGUUUAAUGGCAGCAGGGAUAGCUGAACAUUUUGAUAUAAGAUUUGUGUAGGUGGGCUUGAAAAUGAGGGAGUUCUGGCAGUUUAGAAAUCAUGUCCUGAUUCUUCUGCUUUUGCCAGCUCCCACUCCAGUUUUGAACAUUUUGCCAUUCAUUCCUAUGGGACCAAUUUCGCCACAAGAAAGACGAUAUUCCGUGAACCAUUCAGUGAAACGUUCCACAGUAAUAGCAAUCCAAUUUGGAACAAUCUGCACGUUUCGGUAUAUAUCUUUCUAUGUAGUGUAAAAACUGUGGGAGGAGUUAGGGUGGUAAAUUUGGCAAUAAUAAUAAUAAUAUAUAUGUGAGAUAACAUUAAGUGGUCUUGCUAUGCAAGAACACUUAAUAAGACAAUAAAAUAAAACAUAGAACUGGGGAGACUGGAACUAUUAUUCCAGAAGCAAGAUAGACCAAAUUGUCAAAUCUAUAAAGUGACAGAAAAGGGGAGACAAGGCACAGGUUGAAUAUCCAAAAUAUGUUGGAUUGGGAUAUACAGAAAUCAGGUGAUGAAAUAGAAGGAUUAAAGGAAUGAUGGUGCAGGUCAUUGGACUUUGGCUACUAAAGUAGCAGAAUAUCUGAAUAAUGAGUGUGCAUUGCUUUUUAUAAGGAGGGUCAGGACAAUGAUGCACAUAUGUUGUUGAGAAUGGCCACAUACCUUAGCCAAGGCAUAGGCAACCUUCGGCACUCAAGAAGUUUUUAACUACACCUUCAAUAAUGCUUUGCCAGCAUUAUGGGUGUAAGAGCAUUAUAGGGGAUGUAGUCCACAACAUCUGGAGUGCCGAGGGUUGCCUACCCCUACCCUAGCCUAUGCAGAUGAAGCACCCACAAUAUCAAUUAGUGAUGCCAGAUGCACUUGUAUCAUUGUAAGGUGCAGAUGUGAUGUCUGAAUACCAACUGUUGCUUAGCAUUAAAAAAAGUAAAAAAACGAAAUAAUUUUUAAAGGAUUCACAAAGGCUUGGUUGUCCGUUAGCCUACGUGGCUCAAAUGGUAAAGUGCUGAGCUGAACAACUGAAUGAUUGACCAAGUUCUUUGCCAACAGUCUGGGCUCCAUUUUGGCAGUGAUACUUUACUUGAUGGGCCGUUGGACAUUACUGAGAGUAAGUGUAAAAGAUUUAACCAUUGAAAUUGAAUUAAAGAUAAUCUCAGUCACUGCCUCCCUCCUUGAAAAUAAAUAUUAUAUCUAGGACUAUCAAGGCCCUUGUUUAGAUAUGCUCUCUACAGUAGAAAUACUGAGUCAAUUAAUUCUUAAUCGCUUGUUUAUCCUAUGUUCCUUUAUAUAUCCAGCAUAUAGCUUGCUUCAUUAUAAUGUUGACGUGAAAAUUUGAGAUUUUACUACAAUUAUACAUCUUCUUUUCUAUAAUCAGAGAGGUUGGAAAAAAUGCAAUGUAAACGCUAUGCAAAAAGCUACAUUUUGCAAUAUAAGGGGGAGAUUUACCACAGCAAAACAGAUGCUAUUUUGAAUUGCAAGGUGCUAAAUGCUCAAAGACAUAACAUGGUGACUGCUGUUUAGUUAGUUCUUUGCCCCAGAAUAGGACCUGGUUUAGAUAAAUCUCACCUCAAAUAUAUAAUAUGGUUUAAAUCAGUUCCUAUUUACGUGCGGUAUUUGAUGCAUAUAAUGCAUUUAAAGGUUCUUUAUAGUAAACACUCUAUGGAACACACAAAUUCUCAGACACUACCGUUUUGUGUUCCCCCCUCAUUGGUAGCUAUUUAAAGAAGCAAGCUUGAGAGCAUCUAAGAGUGUCAAAAUAUUGGGCUGGCUUGAAAUCUCCCCUGUUUCAGCAGGUUUUGCACAUGCCUGGCAUUCUUAAAUUGAAAUUUCUUAAAUUGCCCUAUCAGGCAGCAUAGCUAGCUGAGUGGAGAAAUGCUUUUGGCCUCAUUAUUCAGUGGCCAUCAUUGGCGCAUAGCAGCAGGGGGUGGGGUUACAGUACCCAUAAGAAAGAGAAACAAGACUCCAUAUUAGAAGCAGCACAGGGAGAGCACAGCAAUAGUAGCUUUUGUCCCCUACCUAAUUUAAGUGUGUAAUAUUAUCUUAUAGUCUCUCCCAAUAGCCCCAUGCACUGCUUAAGUCCUGAAUAAGCAAGGGAAUUUACUUGAAUACAUAAUUAAUAUAUAAAGCCAGGGAAGCCCAGGGAGGACAAGGGGGGAGGGACAUAUCUGACACAAGAGCACUGUGCUGACUGUCACUUAUAGUUUUAAUAACUCAUACUGCAUAUACCCACCAUCGUCUUUAAAGUGCUCAGUCACUCUACAGCUGAGACCUGAGACACUCAUGCUGUGGCUCGCUGAAAAGUUGUGAAACUUCAAACUGCAGGACUGGGGCUGUGACUCUGAGGACUGGGCUGAUUCUGAUUUCAAUCUGUUUUAAUCUGUAAUUAUUGUUCCUUCUGUUAACCAUGUCAGCUACUUCUUGGCUCCACAUAGCCACUGCAUAUUAAUUAUAUUGCCCAGCUGCAAAGGUAAUAAGGAGUCUACCAGUAUCCGGCUGCUUUAACCAUGUGUACGCAGUGUGUUGAGAACUAAUAAGCAGCUGACAUGUUUGGAGCCUAUCAGUAUCUUGAUGUUUUAACCAUAUUUUAACCAGCGUGCUGAGAGUUAAUGGAGUAGCUGACAUGUUAUAUAACAGCAACAAUAUUUUAUAUAACAGCAACAAUAUUUAAUAGAAAGCUAUGUGAUCAUAGCAGGAGAACUACUGAAAAUGAGAUCAUGCAAUGGAGAGCUAACAGAGGGCAAGGAAGAUAGACAGAGAGAGAGAGAGUUGGAGCAUUAUAUAGAGACACGUACUGUGUGUGUAUCUCUGCAUAGCAGCUCUGUGUAAUCCAUCACAGUGAUCCUGACUGUGUGGGGUAGUUAUAUUAUCUCCUUAUUGUAUCCAGCACUGAGUGUUAUUUUUUCUGUAUUUUGCUGUAUAUUAGCAUCCCUUUUAUUAUGAUCAGCUCUCUGUAUUGAAUGACUAUCUCUGUACUGUACAGAGAGGAGGAAAAUUCUGGGUGAGGAAUCUGGCGUUCCAGCAUCUUAAAACUUCACCAGCCGUGACUGUGCAUCACAAUAGAAUGAUGCAGUUGUUAAACAUUUGAAACAGCAAAUAUUUAAAACUCAAUUUAUUGCAAACAAUGCUUAAAAUAAUUAUGUAUCUCUAUAUAUAGUAGUUAAAGGGUGUGGUGAUCCUCUGAUGUUCAUUUUUAAUUCAACUAAUAUAACUAUACUUGCUUCUCCUCUAAGCUUUUAUAAUAACCCAUAAAUUACAUUUUCUGCCAAACACUCAUUUUUAAGGAGGAUACAAAUCAAUUUGAAUGGGAGUCUGAUGCCUAUAAAUUACUUAUAAAAUGACCUCAUAACAUCUAACUUGCAUCUCAUAUAAGGCGGACAAAGUCAAGGAGAACACUAGUUCAGCUGAAGAACAAUAAGCAUAUCCAUUCUACGUGUAUACAAAAUAAGUCGUGUGAUCAACAUGAGCCACAGAAGCAAUCACUCAUCCUGCGGAUCUGUCUUGGGAGCUCAUCAUUCUGGGGGACAUUACUCUUCCAGCUACAUCUCUUCAGUUCAUCAUGGAAGCUCUAAUAAAUGCCAUAACAAGAGUCAAAGUGGUCACUAUAAAGCUUCCAGCCAUCAUGGAGCAAGCAAGAAGCUGUCCAGCCAUUCUUCUAUUGGUCUUGAACAUGGAAGUGGAAGUGUUGGUAAUCUUAGAUCUCAUCACAAGAGUUCUAGCAGUCAUAGUCAUGGUCUACUUAGUAUCAAUGAGAAAGAAACAAUGCAGUUUCUAAAUGGACGUCUUGCAUCUUAUCUGGAGAAGGUUCAUUCACUAGAACAGGAGAAUUCUCAACUGGAGAGGAAGAUAUGCGAAUGGUAUGCAAAUAACGCCCCCAGCUCCCUGCCAGACUCCAGUCAGUACUUCAGGACUAUCCACGAGCUUCAGAACCAGGUGAAAAAAUAUAUACAAAUGUAACUCAUUCAGGCAUUAUACCAUGAACAGUUAUCUUGAAGAUGGCUAUUCAUGAGAUGAUACUGCAGUAUUGAAGCAAAGUCAAAAAUUAACAUUCUCUAUCUCAAUUUAUGCAAACGUAUUCUAAUGUUCAAAGAUUUCAGCUCAUAUAAAAUGAAAUAUUGUAUUACCAGAGAAAAAUAAAUAUAGUCAACGUCUAGAGUUGUAAACUUGAAAAAAAAAUUUUUUUGUGAAGUCACAGUUACAUUAAAGCACUAUUUAUACUUUUUGUUGAGAAUAAUAGCAUCGUAUGUAAUUUGUUUUUCUAACCAAUAAUAUGUAAAAAAAAAAAAAAAGUGCCAGCAAAUUCUGCAGUGCUGAACAAUGGGUGGACUAUUAAACAAGUAUUUGCAACAAGAGGAGUUGGUCGCACAGGAACAGAGGGUGUUGAGGGCCCUUCUCAAACAAGCUUACAUUCUAGAGAGAGUGGGCUAAAGUGGCACAAGAGGUAAGGGUAUAAUAUAUUUAAUUCAUGGGAAAAAGUAGGUUGCUAGAAUAGUUUACAGUGAAGGGUUAGUUUUUUUGAUCACAUGGAGAAGAAGCAGGGUUACCAAGUUGCGGGAAAGGAACCUAUUAACAUUUUAAUUUAUAUGCUUUCCUAGAGAAGUAUGUUUUCAAUUAUUUUUUGAAGUAACGGAGACUGGUUGAGAGUCUAAUGGAGAAGGGAAGGGAGUUCCAUAGGAAUGGCAUGGCCCUAGAGAGGUCUUGAAGUUGGGCAUCAGAGGUGCGAGUAAGAACAGAGGAUUGACCAUGAGGGACAUUUAUUAAUUCUGGGGCAAAGUUCUAAACAAGGAGCAAUCGCCACAGAAACCAAUGGAAUAUCUUCGAGUACUUUGUACCAAGUAUUUCAUCUGUUUUACCUUGAUAAAUCUCCUUCUUUGUAUUUUGUAUUUAGAGCUGAAUUGAGUUAUUUUUCCUUCACAGGUUGCUUCUGCCUCAGUGGACAAUGCAAGAAUUGCCUUACAGAUAGAUAAUGGCCAACAAGCUGCAGAUGACUUUAGAAGCAAGUAAGUUUUUAGAACAAUUUGUAUGGAAUAAAACAGAACAUUUCACUAUAUUUAAUUCCCACUAGCAUUGAAGUGAAAAGUGUUUUAAGAUGGGCGUUAAUUUACAGUGUAUAAAUUAAUAACUGAUAACCAAAAAUGUUUCCUGCACAUCACAUUGUCCCACAUUCCUCAGUUAAAUACCAGAGGUUUUUAGUACCACUUUAACGACGAUUAAAGUGUAAGCUCAUCUGCCGACAAUCAGGCAAGCCUCUUUGGUUAGUCCAACACUAGCAAUUCUCCAUGCAGCUUUUAGCUAAAGGGCUUAAUAUCUAAUUAGAAAGAAAAGGGUAUUCUUAUGAAUCUCUACAAACUAAGUAAUAAUUAACAGAGAAUAUAUAGAGUUGGCAUUUAAUUUAUUAACCAAUAAGUCCACUGAAUGGUUUAGAAGGUUUUAUUCAUGUUUCCAUGGUGUUCUCAACUUAGGUAUGAGAUGGAGAAAAACUUAAGGUCCAAUGUAGAGGCUGACAUUGGAGCUCUGCACAAAGCCCUAGGACAGCUUAACAAUGAACUUCAAGACUUAGCAAUCCAAGUUCAAUGCCUCCAGCAAGAAAUUCUCCAGUUGAAGAACAACCACACAGAGGUAAUAUUGAUGGUGAAUUCGUUGUGAUGUGGGUAUAAGUCCCAUAAUAUUACAGGGUAACAUACGUUGUUAUAUGUUCUAAUAGUAUUCAACAACAAAUCAUAUCAUAGAGCUAUUACAUUAUGUAAUUAUAUGGAAUCAAUGAUGCCAAGAUAUCGGUAAAUUUAAUAAUUUUAUUAACGCACUUAGCACAUUUAGUCACACAAGUGUGUCUAAAGGCUAAUAACAUAAAUUGUAAAAUAAAUGUUUGCUUGAUGCCUGGAAUACCCUUGUAGUAAAGGGAGCAAUGACAAACUCUAUAAACAUUCCAGUAAUAUUCCAAAUAUGUUUCACAUAUGUCACGUGUGGAACAUAAGUCUGAGGUUUCAUAAUGGGUUGAUGUCGGGCACUAGUUGGAUAUUAUCUACAAUCUACAAUCAUAACUGCUUUAUCUAUGCUAUUUAAUACAAGUAAAAUUGAUCCUUAGAAAUGGGGUUACAUGUAAUAUUAGGUGUCCUUUUAUAUGUAAAAUUUAAUUUGCAUGAAUAAACCUAACGCCCGUCUAGGGCCUAGGCCCCGGCAAUGGCUAGUGGAUAGCCUCUAUCGGUGCUGACCAUGUUAGAAACUCCAUCAAACCCUCACAGCAGAUAGUACUCUUAGUCAUCAACUGAGCACAAUUAGACUGUAUGAGAGCUCCUUUAGUGGUCUGCAAAAAACACACACACACUCAGAAACAACACAACACUUAGCCACACUCUGACUCCUCUACAGACGCACAAUACUCCUCCACACACAAAAUUCAGCAUACCACACACAACACUCAACCAGCACACAGAAACACAUUUAGCCUCCCCCCACAUACAGCUCUAAGUUUACUCUGCACACACAACACUCCACUAUACACAAUCUCAAACACAACACUCAGCCUUCUAGAAGGAGGACUCACUAUAGCAUUUUGUCUUGAGUCCUGGGUAACCUUAAAACUUUAUAAAAACCCAUUGUAUCUGGGUGGAUAUUUUACUAUUUUACACCAACACACUUGGAUAGUAGGGAGGGGGUGGGAUGGUAAAUCACAUCACAGUGAGUUUUUCUGCUGAUUGAUCUGUUUUUAGAACUUUAUACUCUAUAGAUAGCCUUUAAUAUAUUUUCCUAUCACAUCUGACCAUGAUUAUUUUUCACCCAAACAUAAAGGAAGUGAAUGGGCUGCGUGCUCAGCUGGGAGCCAGAGUCAAUGUAGAAAUGAAUGCUGCUCCAUCCAUCGAUCUGAACAGCGUUUUAUCUGAGGUCAGAGAGGAAUACGAAAACCUAAUGGAGAGGAACCUCCGGGAAGUCGAGGGCAUGUUCUUGGAAAGGGUAAUGCAAAUUAUUUAAUUGUCUCACACUUCUAUACCCAUUCUACGUAAUUAAAAUCUGCUCACAACCAUUUUUGCUUUGUGUUACUGGAAUAUAAAGUUAGUUAUUCACUGAACUCAAAAUAUCAUCAACUUAAAUCUAAAAAAAGUAAGUAAAAAUAGCUGAUUUGGAAAAAUUCCUGAACUUGGUAAUUUCACAGUUUGCCUAUUUUUGACAUUAGGAUUCAAUUUCACUAAAAUUCGAAGUUUAAAGAAUUAUUCACUAACGUGAGAAUUCAAAGUAAAUUCAAAGUGAAUUUCAAAUAUAAGGUCAAAAUAGCUAAAGUCUUCUAAGUCAGCUACGCUUUUAGUUUAGCUACUCUUUACCUAAAUUUUAAAUUCACUUUGACUCUCACUACAGUAAAUAACCCUCAUAGGGAACCCUGUGAAUUUAUAUCCAAGUUUGUUCCUGAAUUAAAUUACACAUUUCUAGAUUCCAAAACACUAUUGAUCAUAAUCAUGGUGCCUCACAUGCUCUACUUUGCUAAAAAGACAAAAAAAAAAUAAGCAUACAAAGUUUUAAAAAUGUGACUAUUACUCAAAGGAUUCCAGAUCCGUUUUAACCAUAAGAAAAGUGCAAAUCACAUCUUUUAAUGUUCCUUAUAUUAUGGGGUGGACAUAAUUUGGAGCUAUAUAAGUUACUCAAAUAAAGAGAACUGAAGAACUUCCAUUGGAUGUUUUUUUCUCCUUGCAGAGUGCAGAAUUGGACCGCGAGGUAUCUUCUGGAUCUGAACAAAUGCAGUCAGUAAAUAAUGAACUUAUUGAUCUCAAACACUCUGUACAGACCCUGGAGAUUGAGUUGCAAAGCCAAUUAAGUUUGGUAAGUAAGCUUUAAUAUACAGCACAUGUGCAAAGACAGACAAAUCGUCAGACUGUUAGACCUACAGACAGUUAGAUAAAAAAUUUCUACACCUAGCAAUACCAUUAGCCUUAAAAUUGCCAUCAAAUUAUUUUGCUUCUUAAUAUUUCAGGAAUUAUGGCUGCACAAAAUGACAGUAUGAUUUAUUUGUGGCUAUAGUUAAUCAACAUGUUUUCUCCAUGUGUUCUGCAAACUCUGCACUUACACUUAGAAAAAAAACUACGCUGAAAGUGGUGUAGUACCUCUGUAGUCAGUCUGUGAUUUGUAUUAGCAAAUAUAACAGAAUUUUUUAUUGUUUUACUUUUUAUUGCAACUCCUUUUGCAAGAUACAUCUGGCAGAUAGUAAAUUGAUAGUAAAUGGAAAUGUGUUCCAUUAUCACACAACCUUUAAAGUGAAAAAGUGAAAACAAAUGAAUAAUAGUCUCCUGUAGCUCCUCUGCCAAAUGUAAAUUUAAUGAGACACUCUAUUCACCAGAAGCCCUACAGCUUAAUGUAGUUGUUCUGGAGUCUAUAGCCUGUCCCUGUAUUCUUUUCAAUGUAAACACUGCCUUUUCAGAGAAACUUGCUGCUUAGUAACACCUCUAGUGGAAGUCACUCAGGCAGCCACUAAAGAUGCUUCCUAAUUCAGUUCUGCAUUAUGUGCAGCACCUACAGAAAUCCUAUGAUAUUAUGAAAUGUGUGGCUGUUCUCUGUCACAAUGUGAUUAUGAUAAAUCACAAAGUAUACAAUUUCAGGCAAAAGAUAAUUUCCUUUGUUUUGUUUUUGUUUCCAUCAUUUUAGAAAUCUGCUUUGGAAGGCACUCUAGCCGAGACAGAGGCCAAUUUUAGAUCCCAACUUUCCCAGUUACAGUGCAUCAUUGAUAAUGUAGAAUCUCAGCUAUCACAAAUCCGGUCUGACCUUGAACAACAGAACCACAAGUACCAGCUCCUCAUGGACCAGAAGACCCAUCUUGAGAGGGAAAUCAGUACUUACAGACAUUUGAUGGAUGGACAUGAUAUUCAGUAUGUAAUAAAGACGUUGCUAUUUUCAUUUUUUAAGUUUCAGAAUGAAUAAUAUGAGAAGGGAAUAUAAAUACAUGCUGAAGGGGAUAUAUAACAAACAUUUUUAAUAAAUGCUCUUAUACACACAAUUGUUCGAUAAAAUGUAAAUCUUUGUUGACUAAUAUAAUACACAUGAAACAAAAUUAAUCUAAUCUCAGCCUUUCCCAUGUCUCCUUGCAGUUUCUCAGGUCACAGUUCUUCAGGAGGUAAGUAAUGAGCAUUAUUAAAAGUCUUACAUAUGACAUUAAUUGUAAUUAUUAUAUUUCUUAGUUAUGGAUGGUAACUACUCGUGAUAUCCGUUAAAAAACACAUCUCUGUUAUUUCUAAUUACAAUAACAUUUAAAGGGAAAAUGUAUAAUUUCAAAACAUGUUAGAUUUAAGGAACAAUUACCAUGGAAACCACUAAAACGUGUCUUAACAUUUACCACCUUGAAACAAAAUAGCACCUGUUUAGUCUUGAUAAAACUCCCUUAAUGUCUUUAGCUAUACAACACAGUUUUUAGAUUGAAAUCAAUCAUUAUGAUAUACAUAGCCAUUAUAAUAUUUAAUAAUAUUGUUUAGGAUUCUAAAAAGAAAAUAGAUACAUGAUUAAUAAAUAAAAUUUUUCAGAAUGUUAAAAACUGUAAUAAAAGUCAAUUAACUAAUUCUUAUAGCUCCACCUAUUGUGUAUUUGUAAUUGGGUGAGGUGUACAAUUCUCUGCAGAGUCUUAGUUGAUGUGCUCCAUUUCAAUUGCAUUGAUUCAGACAUUCUCAAGUGUCAAUAUAAUGAUGAAGCUAUAUUUGUAUAGUUCUAAACUUAACAUUGAUGUCUCAUUUGUUUAAGGAUUUCAUCACAGCAAGUGCUAGAAGAAGUCCAGAAAGACAUCAGUCUUUGAAACACGUGGAUCUCUAGAGUAAAGAAAGAAAUAUUAUAUUGUCUACUUUUUCUGAAUCUGGGUGUUGUGUUUCUAUUACCUUUUUUUUUUAUUUUGUUUUCUGUAGAGUGAUUAAAGCAAGUGAAAAGUCCUAUACAAAAUAUAUCCACUGCAAGAGAAAUUUGAUCUUAAAUAUAACAUGCACAGAACAAACAUCGUGUAAAUGACUUUAAACCUCUUCAUAGUGGAAUUGAUUUAAAAUAAAAAUUGGUUCUGCAUAAUGAAUAUAAUAUAUGAUCAACCACUCAAAAAAUAAACAUAGAGCUAGAGAGAUAGAUAGACAGACAGACAGACAGACAGAUAGAUAGAUAGAUAGAUAGAUAGACAGACAGACAGACAGACAGAUAGAUAGAUAGAUAGAUAGAUAGAUAGAUAGAUAGAUAGAUUGAUUUAAAAAAAUGACUUUUCUAUUCCCAUGUUGGAAAUAUUUGGUAAAUGUUUACUCAUUUAUAAUUAAGUUAACUAAUUAUUCAAUUGGAAGAUGUGCAUAUUGAUUGGAUUUUUUUUUUUUGAAGAAACUUUUGGACUGUAUUGUCAAAACUCUUUCUGACUGUGGCUGUUUUUCUAACUGUCCUUUAAUCAGGAUUUUGUAAAUAAACUUUAUCUGUCUCAUGCAAACUGCACGUUUAUGUGGAUGUUUUUUAUAAGGUAACAUAAUGGAAAAAGUAAGCGUAUAUGAUGCCAUCCUAUCUUGGUUUUACUUGUAUGAUUUUAAAGGAACAUUAUACAGUCAGGAACACAAACGUCCAUGCCUGACCCUAUAAGGUUAAAACACUAUUUAGGGUGCUGGACUGACCCAGGAAGCACCUCUAGUAGCCGUCUGAGGAGUGGCCACUGGGGGUAUCCCUAGGCUGUAAUGUAAACACUGCCUUUGCUCUGAAAUUCUGUGUUUACAGCAACAAGCCUGCAGGGACUGACUAUACUCACCUGAACAAAUAUAAUAAGCUGCUGUUGUUGUGGUGACCAUAGUGUCCCUUUAACCAUUAAUAUCUAUUGAUGGAAACUGAUACGUCUUGAAUACUCAGAAUAAUUCAUGUGAAACAACGAGAUGAGAACAUUUAAGGUCUGGAUUUAGUCAAUACACUUUGCAAAUGAUUUCAUAUUUUGGAUUAAUGUAAAAAUUUAAAAAAAUAUUACAAUAUUUAAAUAUUUUCCAAAAUAUCAAAUUGUUCUCUAAGUUCAUUCAAAAAUAUUAAAUAAGCUAAAAAGUCUAGAAAUGAAAAAUGUGCAAACAAAGCUUGCAAAGACAAGAUGACAAUUUGUAUAAUUUAUAAAAUAUUUAACUCUGAAAUUAGAGAAUUAUUGCAAAAGUUUAAAUGCAAGAAUAGUCAGUUUUGUAACAUCAAUGCAAAGAUGCUGAUAUUUAAAAGACAGCAGUUCAAUUGUAAAUCUUCAGAAUUGCCACUGAGUAAUGUUUUGCCAAAGAGCAAAUAUCUCAGUGCUACAGGAAAGAUAACGUAUGAGUGACGCAUAAUUGGCCAACAAGAAAAAAAUUUUUAAUAAUGCAUAGGCAAUCUUUAUUAAUAGAAUAUAAUUUGGUUCAUUUUCUCAAGAUAGAAUGUAUGAAUGUUGAGACAUGAGAAAAUUAUCAAUUGACCGUAAAAAAAACCAUUGAUCAAUUCUGUUCUCAAAACAUUUUCCUUUGUGAGAGAAGGAUGAAAAGGAUUAGGAAUCAAUAACUUUAAAUUGCAUGAUUGUGAUCUGAUUUCAAGAGAAAAUAUGUAUUUUCAAGAUAUUUAUGGUGUGGCGAACUGCCUAGUACCCUGACUGGGUACCUCCGCCAAUUCAUGUUUCCUAGUAAUCACCGAGUACCAUAAGCACUGCCCCAGGAUACCAUAAGCACGUCCAGCUCCUAGCCACCGCAGCUUGGCUGGGGUCUCGCUAUCUCCGGCCACCCUGGACCCAAGUCCUGGAUACAGCUCCCGGUGGGUAGACCUGUCCUCCAGAGAGUUUAGCAGGUAUAGCAAGUAUAGCUGUUCCCCCACACACGAGCCGAGGAUUAAUGCUAGGAAGUAGUCUGUUUAAUGCAGGCAAAUAUUCACAAUUUAAACACACAGCCUCAUUUACAUACAAUAGGGUACAUAGAGCAUUAUAGUACAAGGAAGGGUGGGGUCAGACAAUAACAAGGGCUGAUGGAAGAUUGAAGAGGGACAAAGCAGCUACUUUAAACUGGUCUGGUAGUGUCUCUAGGACAAUGCCCUGCUAGGGAAAUAAUAAGACAGGAAUAAGGGGGAGGAUGAGAGGCACAUACAAGCAAUACAUUCAACAUACUCCUCCCCUGUGCCUGAAGGAUAAUUGAGUCAAGAACUGUACAAACUCAAUUAUCUCCAGGUACAGAAAAACACACAAUUUCACAACACCCCAAAAGUACCCUGAAAAUCCAUGGAAACCCCUUAAGUGCCAUCCCCUGAUAGACCUGAUCUGAGUGACAAAAAUCACUCCGAUUGGUGCAGUGGUUAGGAUUUUCUAUGGAAGUCAACUUUUAACAUGUUUCUUUUGCCCAUAGUCUUUGGGCAGGAGGCUAGCCAGCAGGCCCCUUCAGGAACACGUGACAGAGGCAUCUUUUCCAAAUAUGGUAUUAUAUAUUUACAAGAACUAUAUUCAGAGUCAAAUCAGUCAAAACAGUCAUUAGACUGAACUCAUAGAUUGUAACCUAAUUUAUGCUGGUCCUUCUUAACUUCUCAAACAUCCCCAUUCAAAAAUUGUAAAACGUUGUGAAUGUGUUGUAACUGAUCCCCUAUACUACGACUGAGUAUAUCUGUUGAAGAGUCUCCCAGGUCCCGAAGUGAAGCAGUGAUUAUAACUCUGUGUUACCCAAACAUCAGCCAAGACUUGAUGAAGGGUACAAAUUAACUUCUUUAUUAUGGCCAAGUUGCCUGCUUAUAUACACAACACCCAGCAGGGGGUCUCCAAACAAUACAAUGCAAGCCCCUCCCAAAGAUCGCUGUACCUAGGACAUAAUUGCAUUAAAGACAGUUAAGCUAAUUAUCUCCCAGGAACCGAGAGGCAAACAGAAAAACAGAAAAAUACCCCAGACAUCAUACAAAUAUACAAUAGCCCCACUAAUAACAUCAUAAAAAUAUAAAACAUAUAAAAAAAAACAAAAAAAUUUACAAUAACCCCAAAUAGCACUGAUCUGAAUGACCUAGUUCUCCAAAUAGCGCUCAGAUCCAUGCAGUGUAGGGGAAAUGCCACCAAGUUAAACUUUUGAUCGGCCGAACACAUGGUCCUAUGCCAAAAAUAGUUUCAGGGAAUUUGGUGCUUUUGCUCCUGCUUCCGAAAUAUGGGUUGCUUCGCCUGGCUCUAAGGUAGCAUUUGCGCCACUUAGUCUCAGGCACCGUCCCUCCAAAAAGUUCUCUCCUGGUGGGUUGCAAAGUCGUUUAAAACCCCGGAUCCAGUUGUCCGGGAACCGCAAGGUUACCUAAUGCCGAAAACAAUUCCAUGACAUUCGUGACUAAGUAACGCUAAGGUGACCAGGGACCCACAAAGUCAUAAUGCUGAAUUUAGCUCCAUAACAAUCGUGACUAAGUACUGCUGAGGACAAUUUGUGGGUUUCUUCAUGCGAACGGCCACCAGGGAGCUGGAGUUUGGAUCCAUUUGAAUGAAGGGAAAGUGCUGAACCAGGGGCACCCAGGGAAAGCUGCUAAUGGUGGCUGGGGAAGUAAACCCCUGAACGGGGUCUCCAAAGUGGACCACAGUCGGUGGCCUGGAGGCCAGCUUCCACACUCCUCCAGGAGUUUAUGGCCAACGCCAAUUUUAGAGGUACUUUUAUUAAUUAAUUCCAACAUCCUGUAGUGGAUAAUCUUACCAAACUAAUGCAAAUGGUAAGAGAGAAUGUGAGAGAUAAACAUAACCAAUUAGAUAAUUUAACUAGACACUAGGUGCAGUACACUGAACUACCAGAGUGAGGCCCUGUGAAAAUUACAUGAUGAGCCUUCAUAUAUGAAACUUUAUAAAAAUCCAACUACAAGUUUUCUCUGCUGUAGAUGACAACAGAAGAUGAGAUUGCAAGGUGGUCUUUAUGUAAGACAUUGCUUCCCAGUACUCCUGUUUUUCAUAUUUUACUCAAAAUCCAUAAAUAUCAAGUCCUAUACCCUGAAAAGAUGACUGUUUUGAAUGACAUUACGGAAGAUGCAUCCUUCAUACCUUCAUACAUGUCAGAGCUGGGUAAAGGUAGGCACUUCGUAUAUACCUGAGGUGUAUUUGGUAAUACCUUGGCACUGAACUGAUGUAACUGAGAUUAUAAUCCCAAAAGGACUAAGCAUUUCAACUGAGAUGUGGGUGACCUUUUAUAUAAAAGGAUUUGGGCAUGAAACCACAGGACCACCAGAGAAGUUGGAAUUAUUGGUCAUGCUUACACUCUAUGCUUAAAAUAAGAUAGGUCAGACAUUGGUGGUCUCCACAAAGCCUUGGAACAACUGAACAACAAACUUCAAGAUUUAGCAAAACAAGUUUACUGACUCCAGCAAGAAAUGUUCCAUCUGAGGAGGAACCACACAGAGGUACCAGAACCCUGGAUAUUAUUUUUCAUUAUGGUUUCAUAUAGUAGAAAACAAAUUCUCAAAGUCAAACUGUUGAUAUUAUUGAUGCAGUCCAAUGCCCAGGGCAGGAUUUACAUGGCAGGUGUCUGUAGGCACCUAGGAUUAACGUAAAUGGUUUGUUUUCAGGUUUAUGCUGUGAGUGCUGGAGUUUAAAGGGUUAUUUACAAAGUGCUCACCCUCCCAUGUCUUCUGUAAACCAGUCAGGUUGAUGAUAUUAGUGCUGCAGGAGCUGUUAUACAGUGUGUAUCACUCAGAGCUUCCAUUGCUCCUCCAGCAAGGCAUUUACUGUGUAAGAGGAUGUUAGUGGGCAGAUAAGAAGUGAUCCCUUCUUCUUCCUGUCCAGCUUCACGCACAGACACUGGAGAAGCUGGGACAGCACUGUGUUUUACACCCUCUAUAACUAUUUCUGCAGCUCUGGUAUUAAGGUUGACUGGGCUACAGAGGAUACUGGUCAAAGCUUCUGGUACUUAUUUCCCAACUAGCCUAUUUAAAGGGACACUAUAGUCACUAAAACAAUUGGUGUAUAGAUCAUGCCUCAGAAGUCACUCUGACUAUUAAUCAGAUUUGAAUUGUUAAUUGUAACUAAAGAAUUUUAGACAACUGAUGAAUUCCUUAAUAUUUAAUUGGACUAUUGUUCUGUCUUUGUAGAGAUCAGGACUGGAAGGGAUUUUGACUGAAAUGCAGGCUACCCUUGUUUACCGGUUCUCCCAGUUACAGUGCCUCAUUGAUAUCAUGGAAGCUUAAUUGGCACACAUCCAGUCCGACCUAGAACAUAACUCUGACUACCAACGUCUUAUGGACCAGAAGACCCAUCUGGAAAGGGAAAUAAGCAACUACAGACUACUGGAUGGACACAACAUUCAGUGAGUAGAAAAUAUUUUGUCACAUAGAAUGCUUAUACUGAUUUUGUUAUUUAAAUAUAUAAGAAUGUUCAAUGUGAGUGUAUGUGACAAUAUCAUGUGAAUGUUUUUUUAUCUAAAGCAAUUGGAAUAUUUCACCAAAAAUAUACAUGUUGCAGCACAGCUAUAAUUCUUUAGUGUCUACUCUACCAUCAUAAGAAUGACCAAGGAAAGAGAAUUUUGGGUUUGAAGAUUCAUUAUGAAGGAAUUUAUUUGCGAUUAAGUUUCAGAAGAUGGGGAAAAUAUAGUAAUAGUACGACCAGAGGUUAGACAUAGGUCUCCGGCAGAGCGUAGGAGCGUAGACGGGACAUAUUUGUGUAUUAGUGAGGAUAAAUAGGUCGGAGCAGCAUAGUGUAAAGAUUUGUAAGCAAGUAUCAGGGUAUUUAAAACUCAAUUUAUUGCAAGCAAUGCUUAAAAGAAGUAUGUAUCUAUAUAUAUAUAGUAGUUAAAGGGUGUGGUGAUCCUCUGAUGUCCAUUUUUAAUUCAACUAAUAUAACUAUACUUGCUUCUGCUCCAAGCUUUUAUACUAACCCAUAAAUUAAGUUUUAUGCCAAACACUCACUUUUAAGGAGGACACAAAUCAAUUUGAAUGGGAGUCUGAUGCCUAUAAAUUACUUAUAAAAUGACCUCAUAACAUCUAACUUGAAUCUUAUAUAAGACGGGCAAAGUCAAGAAGACACUAGUUCAGCUGAAGAACAGUAAGCAAUUUCCAUUCUAAGUGUGUCAGAAAGAAGUUGUGUUAUCAACAUGAGCCACAGAAGCAAUCACUCAUCCUGCGGAUCUGUCUUGGGAGCUCAUCAUUCUGGGGGACAUAACUCCUCCAGCUACCUCUCUUCAGUUCAACAUGGAAGCUCUAAAAAAUGCUACAACAAGAGUCAAAGUGGUCACUAUAAAGCUUCCAGCCAUCAUGGAGCAAGCAAGAAGCUUUCCAGCCAUUCUUCUAUUGGUCUUGAACAUGGAACUGGAAGUGUUGGUAAUCUUAGAUCUCAUCACAAGAGUUCUAGCAGUCAUAAUCAUGGUCUACUCAGUAUCAAUGAGAAGGAAACAAUGCAGUUUCUAAAUGGACGUCUUGCAUCUUAUCUGGAGAAGGUUCAUUCACUAGAACAGGAGAAUUCUCAACUGGAGAGGAAGAUAUGCGAAUGGUAUGCAAAUAACGCCCCCAGCUCCUUGCCAGACUCCAGUCAGUACUUCAGGACAAUCCAUGAGCUUCAGAACCAGGUAAAAUAAAUAUUUACACAUGUAACUCAUUUAGGCAGUAUACCAUUAACAGUUAUCUUGAAGAUGGCUAUUCAUGAGAUGAUACUGCAGUAUUGAAGCAAAGUCAAAUAUUAACAUUCUAGACGCACAGGAACAGAGGGUGUUGAGUGCCCUUCUCAAACAAGCCUACAUUCUAGAGAGAGUGGGGUAAAGUGGCACAAAAGGUAAGGGUAGGAUACAUUUCAUGCAUGGGGAAAAGUAGGUUGCUAGAAUAAUUUACAGUGAAGGGUUAGUUUUUUGGAUUACAUGGUUGCAGGAGAAGAAGCAGAGUUACCAAGUUGCGGGAAAGGAACCUAUUAACAUUUAAAUGUAUAUGCUUUCCUAGAAAAAAUAGUUUUCAAUGAUUUUUUGAAGUAACAGAGACGGGGUGAGAGUCUAAUGGAGAAGGGAAGGGAGUUCCAUAGGAAUGGCAUGGCCCUAGAGAGGUCUUGAAGGUGGGCAUCAGAGGUACGAGUAAGAACAGAGUAUUGACCAUGAGGGACAUUUAUUAAUUCUGGGGCAAAGUUCUAAAUAAGGAGCAAUCGCCACAGAAACCAAUGGAAUAUCUUCGAACACUUUGUACCAAGUAUUUAAUCUGUUUUGCCUUGAUAAAUCUCCUUCUUUGUAUUUUGUAUUUAGAGCUGUAUUGAGUUAUUUUUCCUUCACAGGUUGCUUCUGCCUCAGUGGACAAUGCAAGAAUUGCCUUACAGAUAGAUAAUGGCCAACAAGCUGCAGAUGACUUCAGAAGCAAGUAAGUUUUUAGAACAAUUUGUAUAGAAUACAACAGAACAUUUCACUAUAUUUAAUUCCCGCUAGCAUUGAAGUGAAAAGUGUUUUAAGAUGGGCGUUAAUGUACAGUGCAUGAAUUAAUAACUGAUAACCAAAAAUGUUUCCUGCACAUCACAUUAUCCCACAUUCCUCAGUUAAAUAGCAGAGGUUUUUAGUACUACUUUAACAACGAUUAAAGUGUAAGCUCAUCUGCCGACUAUCAGGCAAGCCUCUUUGGUUAGUCCAACACUAGCAAUUCACCUUCCAGCUUUUAGCUAAAAGGAAAAAUAUCUAAUGAGAAAGAAAAGGGUAUUCUUAUGAAUCUCUACAAACUAAAUAAUCCUUAACAGAGAAUACAUAGAGUUGGCAAUUGAAUGUAUUAACCAUUAAGUCUACUGAAUGCUUUGGAAUGUUUUACUCAUGUUUCCAUUGUGUGCUCAACUUAGGUAUGAGAUGGAGAAAAACUUAAGGUCCAAUGUAGAGGCUGACAUUGGAGCUCUGCACAAAGCCCUAGGACAGCUUAACAGUAAACUUCAAGACUUAGCGAUCCAAGUUCAAUGCCUCCAGCAAGAAAUUCUCCAGUUGAAGAACAACCACACAGAGGUAAUAUUGAUGGUGAAUUCGUUGUGAUGUGGGUAUAAGUCCCAUAAUGUUAACACAUACAGGGUAACAUACGUUGUUAUAUGUUCUAAUAAUAUUUAACAACAAAUGACAUCAUAGAUCUAUUACAAUCUGUAAUUAAAUGGAAUCAAUGAUGCCAACAUAUCAUUAUUUUAUUAAUGCACUUAGCACAUUUAGUCACAUAAGUGUGUGAAGGAUAACAACAUAAAUGCAUAAAAUGUUUUACUAGAUGCUUGGAAUACCCUGGCAGUAAAUUGAGCAAUGUCAAACUCUAUAAUUUUUUCCUGUAAUAUUCCAAAUAUGUUUCACAUAUGUCACGUGUGGAACAUAAGUCUGAGGUGUCAUAACGGGUAGAUGUCGGGCACUGGCGGAUGUUAUCUACUAUCAUAACUUCUUUAUUUAUGCUAUGUAAUAGAAAUAGAAUUGAUCCUAUGAAAUGGGGUUACAUUAAAUAUUAGGUUUUUAAAUUUUGGCCCAAACUAUUCACAAAAACCUCGUAAAAACUCACUGACUGAAACAUUGAUUUUCAACUUUGUGUGCCGUGUAGAUGGAAACUCAAGUAUAUCACAUACCUGUGAUACUGAAGGAAUUUAAAAAUGAAAUAUAAAUCCAUCAGAAAUAAUUAAUUCACAUUUGUUAUUCUAAAAUGGGUCCCUAAUAUAAAAUUAAAUUUGUAUGAGUAAACCUAGCGGCCGUCAAGGGCCCGGGCCCAGGCGGUGGCUGGUGGAUAACCUCUAUCGGUGCUGGCCACCUUAGAAACUUCAUUACAGCCCUGUGGCACUCCUCAGUGACUCGGAACACUGUAGAUAGUACUCUUAGUCAUCAACUGAGCACUCAGACUGUAUGGGAGCUCUUAUAGUGGUCUGGAAAAAACACACACACUCACACACAACAUACAUACACAACACUUAGCCACACUCAGACUCCCCUACAGACACACAAUACUCCUCCACAUACAAAACUCAGCAUACCACAUGUAACACUCAGCCAGCACACUUAGCCCCCCACCCAUCCAGCUCUAAGCCUCAUCCGCACGCACAACACACGACCACUACACACACUCUCAAACACAACUCUUAGUCUUCUACAUACAUAUGCAACACUCAUAGAACAGAGCCCAGAGCUCUAGAAGGAGGCCUCACUAUGGCAUUUUGUCUAGAGCCUUGGGUAACCUUAAUAAUUUAUUAAAACCCAUUGUAUCUGGGUGGAUAGUUUACUAUUUUACACCACCAAACCUGGGAUAGCAGGGGGUGGGGGAAGAAUCACAUCACAAUGAAAAUCAAUAAAAAAAUUCUGCUGAUUGAUCUGUUUUUGGAAUUUCAUACUCUAUAUGUAGCCUUUAAUAAAUUUUCUUCUCACAUCUGAACAUGAUUUGUUUCAACCCAAACAUAAAGGAAGUGAAUGUGCUGCGUGCUCAGCUGGGAGCCAGAGUCAAUGUAGAAAUGAAUGCUGCUCCAUCCAUCGAUCUGAACAGCGUUUUAUCUGAGGUCAGAGAGGAAUACGAAAACCUGAUGGAGAGGAACCUCCGGGAAGUCGAGGGCAUGUUCUUGGAAAGGGUAAUGCAAAUUAUUUAAUUGUCUCACACUUCUAUACCCAUUCUACGUAAUUAAAAUCUGCUCACAACCAUUUUUGUUUUGUGUUAGAAUUCAAUUUCACUAAAAUUAAAAGUUUGAUGAAUUAUUCACCAAUGUUUGAAUUCAAAAUAAAUUUAAAUAGAAUUUCAAAUUUAAGGUCAAAUAAGCGGAACUAGAAAAAUUUUCUAAGUCAGCUAUGCUUUUAGUUUAGCUACUCUGGACCUAAAUUUUAAAUUCACUUUGACUCUCACUGUAGUAAAUAACCCUUACAGGGAAUAACCCUGUGAAUUUAUAUCCAAUUUUGUUCCUGAAGGAAAUUACACAUUUCUAGAUUUCAAAACACUAUUGAUCAUAAUCAUUGUGCCUCACAUGCUCUACUUUGCUAAAAAGACAAAAAAAAACAUACAAAGUUUUAAAAAUGUGACUAUUACUCAAAGGAUUCCAGAUCAGUUUUAACCGUAAGAUAAGUGUAAAUCACAUCUUUUAAUGUUCCUUAUAUUAUGGGGUGGACAUAAUUUAGAGCUAUAUAAGUUACUCAAAUAAAGAGAACUGAAGAACUUCCAUUGGAUGUUUUUUUCUCCUUGCAGAGUGCAGAAUUGGACCGCGAGGUAUCUUCUGGAUCUGAACAAAUGCAGUCAGUAAAUAAUGAACUUAUUGAUCUCAAACACUCUGUACAGACCCUGGAGAUUGAGUUGCAAAGCCAAUUAAGUUUGGUAAGUAAGCUUUAAUAUACAGCACAUGUGCAAAGACAGACAGAUUGGUAGACCUACAGACAGUUAGAUGAAAAAUUGCUACACCUAGCAAUACUAUUAGCCUUAAAAUAGCCAUACAAUUAUUUUACUUUUUAAUGAUAUUUCAGGAAUUAUGGCUGCACACAAUGACAUUACGAUUUAUUUGUGGUUAUGGGUUAACCAACAGGUUUUCUGCAUGUGUUCUGCAAACUCUGCACUUACACUUAGAAAAAAAAAAAAAACUAUGCUGAGAGUUAUGUAGUACCUCUGUAGUCAGUCUGUGAUUUGUAUUAACAAAUAUAACAGAUCUUUUUAUUUUUUUACUUUUUAUUGAAACUCCUUUUGCAAGAUACAUCUGGCAGAUAGUAAAUUGAUAGUAAAUUGAUAUGUGUUCCAUUACCACACAACCUUUCCAGUGAAAAAGUAAAAACAAAUGAAUAAUCCUCUCCUGUAGCUCCUCUGCCAAAUGUAAAUUUAAUGAGACACUAUAUUCAUCAGAACCAGUACAGUUUAAUGUACCCGUAGUUGUUCUGGAGUCUAUAGCCUGUCCCUGUCCCAUUCUUUUCAAUGUAAACACUGCCUUUUCAGAGAAACUUGCUGUUUAGUAACACCUCUAGUGGAAGUCACUCAGGCAGCCACUAAAGAUGCUUCCUAAUUCAGUUCUGCAUUAUGUGCAGCACCUACAGAAAUCCUAUGAUAUUAUGAAAUGUGUGGCUGUUCUCUGUCACAAUGUGAUUAUGAUAAAUCACAAAGUAUACAAUUUCAGGCAAAAGAUAAUUUCCUUUGUUUUGUUUUUGUUUCCAUCAUUUUAGAAAUCUGCUUUGGAAGGCACUCUAGCCGAGACAGAGGCCAAUUUUAGAUCCCAACUUUCCCAGUUACAGUGCAUCAUUGAUAAUGUAGAAUCUCAGCUAUCACAAAUCCGGUCUGACCUUGAACAACAGAACCACAAGUACCAGCUCCUCAUGGACCAGAAGACCCAUCUUGAGAGGGAAAUCAGUACUUACAGACAUUUGAUGGAUGGACAUGAUAUUCAGUAUGUAAUAAAGACGUUGCUAUUUUCAUUUUUUAAGUUUCAGAAUGAAUAAUAUGAGAAGGGAAUAUAAAUACAUGCUGAAGGGGAUAUAUAACAAACAUUUUUAAUAAAUGCUCUUAUACACACAAUUGUUUGAUAAAAUGUAAAUCUUUGUUGACUAAUAUAAUACACAUGAAACAAAAUUAAUCUAAUCUCAGCCUUUCCCAUUUUUCCUUGCAGUUUCUCAGGUCACAGUUCUUCAGGAGGUAAGUAAUGAGCAUUAUUAAAAGUCUUAUAUAUGACAUUAAUUGUAAUUAUAAUAUUUCUUUGUUAUGGUAGGUAACUACUCGUGAUAUCCAUUAAAAAACGCAUCUCUGUUAUUUCUAAUUACAAUAACAUUUAAAGGGAAAAUGUAAAAUUUCAAAACAUGUUAGAUUUAAGGAACAAUCACCAUGGAAACCAAUAAAACGUGUCUUAACAUUUACCACCUUGCAACAAAAUAGCACCUGUUCAGUCUUGAUAAAACUCCCUUAAUGUCUUUAGCUAUACAACACAGUUUUUAGAUUGGAAUCAAUAAUUAUAAUAUACAUAGCCAUUAUAAUAUUUAAUAAUAUUGUUUAGGAUUUUAAAAAGAAAAUAGAUACAUGACUAAUAAAUUACAUUUAUCAGAAUGUUAAAAACUGUAAUAAAAGUCAUUUAACUAAUUCUUAUAGCUCCACCUAUUGUGUAUUUGUAAUUGGGUGAGGUGUACAAUUCUCUGCAGAGUCUUAGUUGAUGUGCUCCAUUUGAAUUGCAUUGAUUCAGACAUUCCCCUAGUGUCAAUAUAAUGAUGAAGCUAUAUUUGUAUAGUACUAAACUUAACAUUGAUGUCUCAUCUGUUUAAGGAUUUCAUCACAGCAAGUGCUAG